AUGAAUGUAAAUUUCACCAUCAUAUCUGUUGGUGUAUUGUCAUUUUUAACUGGUUAUUACACAUGUCAAACAUUCAGGAAUUCUCACAAGAACCUGAAUUUUAAAACGAAAAAGUUUUAUACAUCAUCAGAUGAUGAAACAGAUGUAGAAACAGAAGAUGAAGAAAGCGAAGAGGAUCUAGAUAUUAAUUCAAUGGCUUUAAAUGAAAUACCUGGAGAAGUAAGAAUGACCUUGGUGAUACGACAAGAUUUAAAAAUGGGAAAAGGUAAAGCAGCGGCUCAAUGUUCUCAUGCAACAUUAUCAUUAUAUAAAAAGGUUACAAAUUCAAACUCUGAUGCUUAUAAUCCUGAAAUGGUGAAAAGAUGGGAAUAUGGUAAUGGACAAGCUAAAAUUACCUUGCAAGUACCGAAUCAAGAAGAAAUGGAUCUUUUAUAUGCGAAAGCUAUUAGUUUAGGUAUUAAUGCAUGUAUUAUUCAUGACGCAGGUAGAACACAAAUUGCUGCUGGAAGUGCUACAGUAUUAGGAUUAGGUCCUGCUCCUAAAAGAAUAUUAGAUGAAGUUACAGGAGAAUUGAAAUUAUAUUAA